AGACCUCCUGGGAGGGCAAAAGAUAGCCUUGAGAUUGAUUAGACAUGCCUUUUGGGUGGUUUUAUCCACAAAUUCUGGGUUUAUCUGUAAUUUUAAAAGACCGACGAGGAGUCAUAUUAGUAAUUGACUGCUCCUGAAAUUCCAUUGACCAAUCAGAGAGCCAGAAAAUUUCCCUUGCGCAUGCGUCUCGUCAAAACACUUGCCAUAGUCAUAAAGUAUAUGGAGUGGAGAUUUGCCUGUGUUUGCUAUUUCUCCGGCUAAAUCGGCAUUUUUGGUGGUUUUUUGGAUCAAAUAUCGAGGCGGUAUUUUGGGGCAUACUUUACCGUGUUAUUGGCUAAAUAGACACUACACCGGAAGCUGUGUACACUGAGACAAUGGGUGAUUAUCAGAAUGUGGGCCAGGAUGCACUGGGUCUGGCGUCUGUGGAACUCCAGGGGAAUUCCCUUGGCCUCAGGCGUCCCUUUGAUCCCACUGCUCACGACUUGGAGGCAACUUUCCGGCUGACUCGUUUUGCGGAUCUCAAGGGACGCGGCUGCAAAGUGCCGCAGGAAGUGCUCACGAAGCUGGUGUCGUCGCUCCAGCAGGACUACUCUUCCCAGGAGCACGAACAUUCCCACUUCAUGCACAUGUCCCUGCCCCGCAUCGGCAUCGGACUGGAUUGCUCUGUGACACCUCUUCGUCACGGUGGUCUCUGCCUCGUGCAGACCACAGAUUUCUUCUAUCCCAUCGUCGAUGAUCCCUACAUGAUGGGAAAGAUCGCGUGCGCCAAUGUCCUCAGCGACCUCUAUGCCAUGGGCGUCACGGAGUGCGACAACAUGCUGAUGCUCCUGGCCGUGAGCACCAAGAUGACCGAGAAGGAGCGUGAUGUCGUCAUUCCUCUCAUCAUGCGUGGAUUCAAGGACUCCGCUCUGGAGGCCGGAUGUUCCGUGACUGGAGGUCAGAGUGUGGUGAAUCCGUGGUGUACGAUUGGUGGCGUGGCAUCGACCAUCUGCCAGCCGAAUGAGUACAUUGUGCCGGAUAAUGCUGUGGUGGGCGAUGUGUUGGUGUUGACAAAGCCCCUGGGCACCCAGGUGGCGGUCAAUGCGCACCAGUGGCUGGAUCAGCCGGAACGCUGGAAUCGCAUAAAAUUGGUGGUGACGGAGGAGGAUGUGCGCAAAGCCUACCAUCGUGCCAUGGAUUCUAUGGCGCGUCUCAAUCGUAUUGCUGCACGCCUCAUGCACAAGUACAAUGCCCAUGGGUCCACUGAUGUUACGGGCUUUGGGCUGUUGGGUCAUGCGCAGACAUUGGCGUCGCAUCAGAAGAACGAAGUGAGCUUCGUGAUUCACAAUUUGCCCGUAAUUGCCAAGAUGGCGGCUGUGGCCAAGGCGUGCGGGAAUAUGUUCCAGUUGCUCCAGGGGCAUUCGGCUGAGACUUCUGGGGGCCUGUUGAUUUGUUUGCCGCGCGAACAGGCUGCUGCCUAUUGCAAGGACAUUGAGAAGCAGGAGGGAUAUCAGGCUUGGAUUAUUGGGAUUGUGGAGAAGGGGAAUAGAACGGCUAGGAUUAUUGAUAAGCCGAGGGUGAUUGAGGUGCCAGCCAAGGAUUAAAAAAGAAGAAGAAGCAACAGAGCAACAGCACACAAAGCUUAUCAUCUGCAAUUUUUAGAUUCCUUUCCAAAAACAAAAAAAAAAAGAAAAUCUCUCUUGAUGUUUUCCCUACAACAACAAAAAAUCCAAUUCCCACGAAAUGAGAGAUUCCUGGAUGUGUUUUUUUUCCUUUAAUUUUCUUUUUCUCUUGAGGAAUUUCCACCAGAGACACGCCAUAGACAUCCAUGGUAAGGGCAUUUUUUUUUCAAUUUUUCGUACUAUAUAUUUUUUUUUAUAAAAAUCUGAAAUCAAAAGAAAAUCCUUCAAUGUUUCCUUGGAAGUAAUCAUUUUGUCUCUACUCCUCUUUGUAUUUUCUCAUGAGAAAUAAACUAUCGUAAUUAACAAAGAAAAA